CCUUUCCUUCUUUCCUUCCUCCCCGCGCCACGAUGAGCUUCGGGGGCGCCGACGCGCUCCUGGGCGCCCCGUUCUCCCCGCUGCUGCUGGGGGGCGGCGGGCUGCCCUUGCCCUACGGCGCGGCCCGCAAGGGCUCCUCGGCGCGCUCGGCAGCCGGCUCCUCGAGCGGCUUCCACUCGUGGGCGCGGACGUCGGCCAGCGCCGCCUUCUCCUCCGCCUCGCCCUGCCCGGGCGGCCGAUUCCGCGGCGCCUCGCUGAGCACCGACUCGCUGAGCACCGACACGCUGAGCAACGGGCCCGAGGCGGCGUCCUCGGCGGCGUCGAGCAGCGAGAAGGAGCAGCUGCAGGUGCUCAACGACCGCUUCGCGGGCUACAUCGACAAGGUGCGGCAGCUGGAGGCGCACAACCGGCAGCUGGAGGGCGAGGCGGCGGCGCUGCGGCAGCAGCAGGCGGGCCGCGCGGCCAUGGGCGAGCUGUACGAGCGCGAGGUGCGCGAGAUGCGCGCGGCCCUCCUGCGCCUGCGCGCGGCGCGCGGCCAGCUGCGCCUGGAGCAGGAGCACCUGCUGGAGGACAUCGCGCACGCGCGCCAGCGCCUGGACGACGAGGCCCGGCAGCGCGAGGAGGCGGAGGCGGCGGCGCGCGCGCUCGACCGCUACGCGCACGAGGCCGAGGCGGCGCGCGCGCAGCUGCAGAAGAAGGCGCAGGCGCUGCAGGACGAGUGCGGCUACCUGCGGCGCGCGCACCGCGAGGAGGUGGGCGAGCUGCUCGGCCAGAUCCAGGGCGCGGGCGCGGCGGCGCAGGCGCACGCGCAGGCGCAGGCCGACGCCCGCGACGCUCUCAAGUGCGACGUCACGGCGGCGCUGCGCGAGAUCCGCGCGCAGCUCGAGGGCCACACCGUGCAGAGCACGCUGCAGUCCGAGGAGUGGUUCCGAGUGCGGCUGGACCGCCUGUCAGAGGCAGCCAAAGUGAACACAGAUGCCAUGCGCUCGGCACAGGAGGAGAUAACCGAGUAUCGGCGCCAGCUGCAGGCCCGGACCACAGAGCUGGAGGCACUCAAAGGUACCAAGGACUCGCUGGAAAGGCAGCGCUCAGACCUGGAGGACCGGCACCAGGCGGACAUCGCUUCCUAUCAGGACGCCAUCCAGCAGCUGGACAGUGAGCUAAGGAGCACCAAGUGGGAGAUGGCAGCCCAGCUACGCGAGUACCAAGACCUGCUCAAUGUCAAAAUGGCACUGGACAUAGAGAUUGCUGCUUACAGGAAACUCUUGGAGGGUGAAGAGUGUCGGAUUGGCUUUGGUCCUAUUCCUUUCUCCCUUCCAGAAGGACUCCCCAAAAUUCCCUCUGCCACUACUCACAUAAAGGUCAAAAGUGAAGAGAUGAUCAAAGUGGUAGAAAAGUCGGAGAAAGAAACUGUGAUUGUGGAAGAACAGACAGAGGAGAUCCAAGUUACUGAAGAAGUGACUGAAGAAGAGGAGAAAGAGGCCAAAGAGGAGGAGGAGGAGGAAGAGGAAGAGGGGGAAGAGGAGGAAGGAGGAGAAGGAGGAGAAGAAGCAGAAAAGUCUGCCCCAGAAGAAGAGACUGCAUCCCCUGAGGAGGAGGCCAAGUCUCCUGCAAAGGAAGAAGCCAAGUCCCCAGCUGAGGUGAAGUCCCCAGAGAAGGUCAAGUCACCAGGGAAGGAAGAAGCAAAGUUGCCUCCUGAGGUGAAGAGUCCAGUGAAGGCUAAGUCUCCCGUGAAAGAAGAGGCAAAAUCACCAGCUGCAGUCAAGUCCCCAGAGAAGGCCACAUCUCCUGUGGAGGUCAAAUCCCCAGAGAAGGCCAAGUCUCCUGUGGAGGUCAAGUCUCCUGAGAAAGCCAAGUCCCCGGAGAAAGAAGAGGUCAAGUCUCCAGAGAAGGCCAAGUCCCCUAUUGAAGUCAAGUCCCCUGAGAAGGCCAAGUCCCCUGUAGAAGUCAAGUCUCCUGAGAAAGCCAAGUCACCUGUGGAAGUCAAAUCCCCAGAGAAGGUCAAGUCCCCUGUGGAGGCCAAAUUCCCAGAGAAGGCCAAGUCCCCUGUGGAAGUUAAGUCUCCUGAGAAAGCCAAGCCCCCUGAGAAGGCUAAGGUCCCAGAGAAAGAAGAAGCCAAGUCCCCAGAGAAGGCCAAGUCCCCCAUGGAGCUCAAAUCCCCAGAGAAGGCCAAGUCCCCUGUGGAGAUCAAAUCCCCAGUGAAGGCCAAGUCCCCUGUGGAGGUCAAAUCCCCAGAGAAGGCCAAGUCCCCUGUGGAGGUCAAAUCCCCAGAAAAGGCCAAGUCCCCAGAGAAAGAAGAGGCUAAGACACCAGAGAAGGCCAAGUCUCCUGUGGAGGUCAAAUCCCCAGAGAAUGCCAAGUCCCCAGAGAAAGAAGAAGCUAAGACACCAGAGAAGGCCAAGUCCCCUGUGGAAGUCAAGUCCCCAGUCAAAGAGGAAGCCAAGUCCCCUGAUAAGGCCAAGACUCUUGAUGUGAAGACCCCAGAAGCUAAGACCAUAGUAAAGGAGGAAGUGAGGUCUCCAGCAGACAUUAAGUCCCCUGAGAUGGCCAAAAGCCCUGUCACGGAAGAAGUGAAGUCCCAAGAGAAGGUCAAAUCUCCAGAGAAGGAGGUGAAGGCCCCUGAGAAGGAGGUCCCAAAGAAAGCAGAGGCAAAGUCUCCCACGAAGGAGGAGAAACCCCAAGAAGUGGAAGUCAAAGAGCCCCCAAAGAAGGCAGAGGAAGAGAAAACUCCAGGUGUACCAAAAACUGAGAAGGAUGGCACGAAAGCUGAGGGGCCGAAGAAAGAGGCUUCCAAGCCAGAAGGGGAGAAGACAGAACCCACUGUGGAACAGCCCCAAGAAGCCAAGGGAGAAGCCAAGAAGGAGGAGGCUGAGAAGAAAAAGGCAGUAACUCCUGAGAAGGAGGCUCCUGCCAGUGUGAAAGAAGAAGCCAAACCCAAAGAGAAGGUUGAGGAGGCAAAGAAGGAACCAGAAGAUACCAAGGCCAAAGAGGUCAGCAAAGCCGCAGAGAAGGAGCCAGAAAAACCAAAGAAGGAAGAGACACCAGUAGUCCCCGAGAAGAAAGAGUCCAAGGAGGAGAAGGCCACAGAAGCCAAGAAACCUGAGGAGAAACCCAAAACAGAGGCCCAAGGCAAGGAGGAGCCCAGCAAAGAGGCUGCUUUGCCCGGCAAAGGUAAGACGGAAAAGGUCGAGAAAUCCUCCAGCACAGACCAGAGAGACAGCAGGCCUCCGGAGAAGGCCACGGAAGACAAGGCCACGAAAGGGGAGAAGUAAGGCAGGGAGAGUGUGGCACAACCAGAAUAGCCAAAGAGACUCAACGAGGGUCCAGGAACUCAAGGGUUGACGGAAUGAAUGUUCAUCUUUUUUCUUCCCUGUCUUUGAGUCAGAAGAAAGUCUGCUUAGGUGAUGGACCCUCCGUUACCAAAUAGGAAUUUCUACUUAGCAAUAUUGUUAGCAAGAGAGGGCAACUCCCAACCCCACCCCAUGUCCCCCUCCCACGCCCCACACCCUCCUCUGGCCGAUGGACAAUUCUGAUCGCUUAUGUAGCUGAAUGUGCUAUGUACUGAAUGGCCCACGUAAACACUUGACUACCACAGCUGGCCCCUUCCUUUCCCAAUAAGUGCAUUUAUUUCCUGUAUGUGCAACUGACAGGUGACCGCAAUAAUGAAUGAGCAGUUAGAAACACAUUAUGCUUGAGAUGUCUUAACCUAUUCCCAAAUGCCUUCUGUUUUCCAAAGGAGUGAACGGAGCCCUUGCCCAGAACUCUCAAAUCUGGAAGAGCCGGAGCGGGUAGGGCGGGCUCUGGCCACUGAAUUAUGCCAGGGCACACUUUUCCACUGAAGUCCACUUUCAAUUGCUUCUGUGCAAUAAAAAUCAAGUGCUUAUCAAAUGAAA